UUCACAAUGUUAGAGGUUUAGCGCCGGUUAAAAAAAUCACUUAUCGUGACGCAAGAUUAUUUUUAUGAUGAAGAUAAGUGAAAGAGAAGCCCGUUAAACCCGUUAGGGCAAUUAAGUUAAACCUUUUUAAUCACGAUUAUAACUUAUUUACUUGUAAUUGUGAUAAAUAAUAAUUAAUUAAUUUAAAGUGUACUCUUGAUCGCAUCAUUUGAUUUGAUUUUAGGAGGUAGCCUAUUUGCCGGUUAGCUGAUGCACAUUGCUCAAUUAGGUGAAAAUUUAACGUAAUCAGUCAGCUGAAAAGUAGAAGUGCACUCUACGUUAUAGAAACUAAGGUCGUCCAUGAAGACCGUUGUCAAGAAUGAACCGACUGUCCUUAUCAUCCAUCUGUAGAAUUGUUAGGCUGCGAUCUCCUCCCAUGACAGCUCCUUGCUGCUUGCAUCGAUUGAUCUAUGAGCAUAAUACUUGCUUGAAUCAACGUGAAAUUUCCUUCAGAACUCUGGAUAGCACUUAUCAGUGGAAGAACUAUUGCACCAUCUCAGACUUGGCCUUUGAGAAGAUCAGUGAUGAAACUCUUGAGUCGCUCACAGAGUUCCUGGAAGCUUUAGUUGAACUGGAGUGUGCCCCUGUCGAGUCUGAUGUAUCUUUUUCGAAUGGCGUGCUGACACUUCAUCUUGGUACGCAUGGCACCUACGUCAUCAAUAAACAGACACCUAACAGACAGAUAUGGUUGUCUUCUCCCACUAGUGGUCCUAAGAGAUACGAUUUCAGCGACAACACAUGGAUCUAUAAACACGAUGGAAUUGCCAUGCACCAACUCCUAAUGAAAGAACUCUCCGAUAUUUUUCAAGAGGAAAUCGAUCUCACCAAUUGUGCCUAUUCUGUUGCUGAUUGAUAUUUAAUACUGAGCUGUUAACCUGUGUUUUUUUUAUGCAAACUAUUACCAUACACUUUGUGUAUGGUUUAACAUGAUGUAACUUUAGGAUUUUUUUUUUUGUAAAUACAGGAACUUGUUCCAAA